GUACCGGGGAUUGACCUCAUGACCGCCUGCUUGCAAGGCAGGUGCUUAUGCCACUGAGCUAAAUCCCCAGCCCCAGCGCUGCUUUUUUAAAAUAUGUUUUUGCCUCAUUUUUUGAACUCGAGCUUGGGGGCUCCUUUGUGGAUUACAAGAGCAGAUGUGUGCAGCGCAGGGCUCCUGGGAAGGGGAGACCUCCAUUGCCCAGGAUGACCCCCAGCCUGGUCUGGAGGAGGCUGCGGGAGCAUCAAGCAAAUCUGGCCCUGGAUUUGGACAGGGUAUGGUUGUUUUCUAGCAUUCCAGACUCCCAGGCUGCCACAGGAACACAUGCUAAUGACAACCUCCCUUAUAACGGCUGGUUUGUUUGUUUUUAAUCAAAACUGGCACCAAGGCCUAAAGCCCCGUUUGCCAGCCUGCAGGUUCUUCAGAUUCAUCUGCAAGGCCAGAAGUAACAUCAGAACGGCCCCCCUCGAGCACAGCCAGGGUACCAUGAGCACAGAGGGCCCCAGCCUCACCAGUCCCCCAGCCUCGAGCACCCGGGCCUUCCUCACUGCCCCGGUCACUCCUGGGACUCUCGCGGUGGUGGCCGACCCGCUGCCCGUGCUCAUCGCCCUGGCCUGCGUCUUCCUCCUGCUGGCCUCCUGCCUGCUCUUCCUGAUGCUCUGCAAGCCGGCCGCGCUGGACCCGAGCCGCCAUGCGAGUGCGCGCGAACUCCUGCCCCACCACCCCGCGAGCCCCAGCGAGCCCCGGCUGCAGCUGUGGAAGCGCCUGGGCUCGCUCCGCCGCUCCCUGCCCAGCUUCCGGCGUGGCCGGCCUGUCCCUGGACGCCCCCUGCCGGGACACGAUGACAGCCUUGGUGACAGUGACUGCACCGAAUCUACCAAGAUGUGACAAGGAGUCCAAAUACAGGCCCCCAGUCCCUAGGUCCACCUACAGAUCCUCCUGCCUGGCACCACAGGCUGCAGGGUGGUGGCUCAAGAUACCCGCACUCCAUAUGCCUCCCAGGGCUUCUUUGUGUGCCCAGUCCAGGUCUUUUGCCAGAAGUGGCUCUGGAAAAGGGCCUUCUCUCUACAGAGCCCCUGCCGCUGCUUGCUGGCGACCCCUGGAUCACAUCAGAACAGAUCAGCAGGGGCUGAGCAGUUUUUUUUUUUUGGUACCGGGACUCAAACUCAGGACCUUGUGCUUGCCAGGCAGGUGCUUGUGCCACUGAGCUAUAUUCCUGGCCCGUGAACACAGGUUAAGAGGCUCCUGUCAGAGGCCAGAGCAGGUGCCAGCAGUGUCCAGGAGGCCAGGGGAUGGCACCUGGGUAUGAGGAUGCUGCAGUGGCUCCAUGCCCGAUCCAGGGAGAAAGGCCGCCUCCCUUCAGGUGGGACCAUCCAGACCUCCAGGACAGCUGUGGAAUCUCUGACCUGGGCCAUAUGGCUUUGUUCUGUGUGCUUCGUUGAUUGACCUGUCAGUGUGGGCUUCUCAUUUUGUGGGUACCUGGGCUUUUCUACCUAACGCCAAGACUAAAUACUUCGGGGCUGGGGGUUUAGCUCAGCGGCAUAAGCGCCUGCCUUGCAAGCAGGCAGUCGUGAGUUUGAUCCCUGGUACCGAUAAAAAAAAGCGAAAAAGACCAAAAAAAAAAAAAAAAAAAAGACUAAAUACUUCAGUUGGGUCUUCAAUUUUAAGAGUGUGCAGAGGGCUUUGUUUCCUGCCCCAGAGCCAGCCAGUCAGGCCCCACCCACUAUGGGGUUCACACUCCACCCUGCUGGGACCUAGUGCAGCCAGCCAGAGCUCCUUCAGGACUGGGCCUUGGGUUUGCGACUCCUCAGUUUCCAAACCUUCACUGGCUCCCUAAUGCCCACUGGACAUGGCCAAAGCUCCUAGCCCAAUGUACAGUGCACUCUGGAAUUUAAUGUGUCUCUCUACUGAGACUCCAGGAAAACCAAACCACCUUCCUCCCUGUCCACCUCAUGCUUCACACAGUGCCCAGUCUGUGAAGCCUCCUCUGUCCUCCAGCCAAACUACCCUCCUGCCUGCAGCUCCUCCUCUCUCCUCCUACUGCAGCCUGCACCAACUUGCCUGUGUCUCUUUCUUCCAAGCCUGGGAGCUAGUGGAGAGCUGAAUCUUACCCAACCUCUUGCUUUGACCUGCUGUCUUCCAGCACAGAAGUAUCAAAUCUUAUUUUGAGGUGAAGGUGGCUCAGGCUGCAUGCAUCCUUACCCCCAAAGCCGCAGGAGACCUGUUAGGAGCCUACACAACCCAGGACUCUCACUUGCCCCCUGAGACCCCCAAAAGGAAGACCUCUCUCCAAGCAGGCAUGUAGGAAGGGCCACUGUUCACUUCUCCCAGGCAUGGCAGGAGGUACCCAAAGACCUGAUUUUCUUGAGAAGUGAAGGGGAAGUAGGAGCCUGUCGUGGCAUCUGGAUGUCCCCCUACAAAGCCUCAUGCAGUCAUAGAGAGAGCUUCUCACAGAUGGCUGGAUUUAGAGUGUGAUGCUGGGAUCAAAGGUGUGUGAUUACUAAAUUAGCCCACUAAUUUGUUUGGCAUAGUUUUGGGUUAGAUUAAGGGCACCCCACCCUGGGUAUGAGUGCUGCAUGCCCCAAGGGCGGGUAACCUGGAUAGAAUAUAAAGGACAGAAAGACAGCUGCGAGCUGCCUUCUGCUUGCUGUGAACUGUUCCCUGAGAUGUCCCUGAAACCUCUACAAACUGUGAGCCACAAUAAACUUUUCCUCCCUUAA